CAGGUGUUGCAGUCAAAAACCUUGAAAAACCCGCCAGUUUUUUAAUGUUUUCCGUAAUGCUUCCUAUAAGUAAAGCAGUCAUCACUUGGAUUCUUAUGUUUCGCCUGGUUAACGGUAAAAAUGGUUGUAAAGAUCUAGUUUAUCUUCCCUGCGUCCAAAAUAAGACCUUUAGAGGUCACGUGAUCAAGAGCUUUCGAAUCCUAGCUCCCGGGUUACAAGAAUGUCAGUCAAGAUGUUUCAAAGAAAAGAUGCCGUGUGUAUCGUACAAUUUGGGUCCCGUGAGUGGACAGGUUACGACGUGCGAGUUGAAUGAUCUUGAUCACUUGACACAUCCAAGUGACCUCAUCUCGAAGGAAGGCUCGCAGUACUGCCCGAUUAAGAAUCCUUGUUCUUCCAACCCUUGUUCUAAUAAAGAGCUAUGCACACCAGACUUUCAUGAUGACACUUUCAGGUGCACUGAUGGAAUUUGGAGUCAGUGGGGUGAGUGGUGUAAAUGUUCUACUACUUGGAAACGCGUACGUACCUGUCGUAACCUGGUUUCCAAUGCAAAGGCAGACGAUUGCCCUGGGCUAAGUCAGGAAAGUAACGAUAAGAUCACAUCUGGAAAAGUCCCCUCAAGCUGUUCUGAUGCUUCGCAUUGUGGCUGUAAAACAAGUGGUGUCUACACAUUCAAGGAUAAUCUUAAAUUAUUCUGUGAUCAAGAAACUAAUGGCGGUGGAUGGACAGUUAUCCAGAGAAGACAAGAUGGCUCACAAGACUUUUAUCUGGGAUGGCAAGACUAUAAGGUUGGUUUUGGUAGUCUAACUGGAGAAUUCUGGUUGGGACUCGACAAGAUCCACCAACUGACCCAACAAAGUCGACACAGUCUUCGUGUUGAUCUGGAAGACACUGUCUUUGCUGAAUACGAUAAUUUUGCUGUGAGCGAUGAAUCCAGUUUGUACAAGUUGACUAUUGGUAACUAUAAAGGAAAUGCUGGAGAUUCACUUGCCGAGCACAACAAUCAAUUCUUUUCGACGAAAGAUCGGGAUAACGAUUCUAAUCCAACUGAUAAUUGUGCUCAAACAUUUAAAGGAGCAUGGUGGCAUUCAAGAUGCUAUAAGUCUAGCCUCAAUGGUCUGUACCUCAACGGUACAACUACCGAGUUCGCUAAAGGUAUUGUGUGGUAUGCCUGGAAAGGAUAUUUGUACUCUGCUAAGAGAGCUGAAAUGAAGAUUCGACCAAUAAAGUCAGAAGAGAAUUAAAAGCAAACCAUAUCUAAGAUCCAAGUACAACAAAUAUCAAGAAAUCAUAUCUCCAACUGGACAAUUAAACAUUCAGGUGCCUUUUUCCGUGACAACUAAGCAGAGUCGUAGCAAGCGAAUUUUAUGGCAGGGUGCACAAAAUGAGAAAUAUCUAACUAUACACUUUUGCGUGCUCAAUUCAACUAGUACAUCAGAUAUGGAUAGGAUCAAUGUGAUAUUUUUAAUUUUAAAGCUGUUCCAGCUAUUCACUCUGGUGGGUCGGGAUUUUUUCUUCAAUUGUUGUUCUUAGAAGCCAAUAAAUUAGGGAUUAAACUAUAUGUGUUGAAUUUUAUGGCAGGUCGCACAAAAUGCUUAUUUUCACUAGUACAUCAGAUAUGGAUAGACCACAGGAUCAAUGUGAUAUUUCCAAUUUUUAAAGCUAUUCACUCUGGUGGGUCGGGAUUUUUUUCUUCAAUUGUUGGUUUGCAGGUUACGUCACAGCGGCCA